GUUUCCUCGCGUGUAUUACGUAAGUCUCCAUCGAGUUUCUUGGCCUCCGACUUCGUCCUAUGCUUUGCGGUAUCAUUGUAUUCUGUGUAUUCAAUAAUGGUAUUUCAGAUGAUCAAGGCCUGUUCUGCUGUUCAAUAAAAUCAACGGCAGGGUCUACUCCCUCAUACCGUGUGUCUUGACAAACAAAGAAGAUGAAGCCCCAGUCUUCCAGAGCUCUCGUCCGGCCUGGACAUAAAAUACAAUGUCAAUGGAGAAUGCAAGCCUUGAGAAGCUUCAACACUCAAAGAUGUACUGAAAAGAAGCCAACCAAAAUCGCCUCGUCUCUAAAGAGAAGUCCAUCUCUGCGCCGCCGACUCAUAUCUUCACCAUGGCAAUCGAACCCGCCACUCCCACGGUCAUUAUCCACCACCUCAUCAGUUCCCCAGAUCAUGGUCAAUGACAUGGCCAACCAAGAAGUUCUAGUCGACUUCGACGGCACAGCCUUUCGGUAUCCAUCAUUCUGGCUGCGAGACCACUGCCCCUGCUCGGAAUGCCAACACCCUUCCACUCACCAACGCCAACUCGACACCUUCACCGUCGACCCUGAGAUCAAAGUCUCAAGUGCCGAAUCCACCCCGUCUGGCCUACAAAUAACAUGGCCAAACAACCACACGAGCCUAUACUCUUGGUCGUGGCUCUCAACACACCCACCUUUCACUCAGUCCUCCUCCAAACGCGCAGUCCGCCCUCCACCAACCCGACAAUGGACUCCUUCGCUCCCCUCCUCGACACUCCCACAAGUCCCUUUCCCAACCAUAAUGGACACCUCAGACACCUCAGGCCUAACCUCCUUCCUUUCCGCCAUCCACAACAAUGGCCUCUGCUUCAUCCCAUCCACUCCGCCAAACCCGAGUGCCACCCAAUACCUCAUCGAACGUAUAUCCCACAUCCGCGCCACCCACUACGGCGGCUUCUGGGAUUUCACAAGCGAAGUCAACCCGAUCGACACAGCCUACACGAACGAUCCACUCCCUCCACAUACGGACAAUACGUACUUCACCGACCCAGCCGGCCUACAAUUCUUCCACCUGCUCUCACACACAUCCGUCCACGACACCACCCAGCCCGGUCAGGGCGGCGAAUCGACCUUCGUCGACGGCUUUGCCGCCGCAGCCCACCUGCACAAGCACUUCCCGCAGCAUUACCGCUACCUGGCCACAAUCCCAAUCACAUCAGCCGCGUUGGGCGCGCCCGAAGGCUCAUUUUACAACACAGCGAGCAGCAUGCAGGGCUACCCAGUGCUGAACCACUCUUCGCCGGGCGGGAGCGUACCCAAUCCAUCGCCUUCAAAUCUUGUGCAGAUCCGAUGGAACAACUUGGACCGCAUGGCGCCGACGACGCCGAGUUUCCCCAGCCACACCGCGCUAAAGAGUUGGUACGCUGCAGCACGCGAGUGGGCUCGUAUCCUGGAGAGUCCUGAAUUCCUCAUUACCGUCAAGUUGCAACCGGGGGAACCUGUCAUCUUCGACAACUGGCGAGUCCUGCACGGUAGGCUCGGGUUUGAGGGCAAGCGUAGGGUUUGUGGUGCCUACGUUGGUAUGGACGAUUUCAGAGCGAGGUGUAGGAGCUUGGGAAUCGACGUCUGACGGAGGCAUAGGUCUAAAAAAUAUAAGUUGGCAGAAAUAAUGUCAUAGUAGUACCUAGGUACACUGCAACUUUCUGUCUCAAGUAUCCAGGCGUUGGGACGUGCAGGGCACACAACUUCC